AUGCCUCGCCACGCUGAUCCAAUCCGGUCCGAUGUACGGCUCAAAACCAACCACGCCGAGGACAAGAAAACGCCGCCUCCUGUGGAUUCACCUACACCACUAGCUUGCGGGGACCCAGUGGACCUGCGGCACGCCACGUUUCCAAUAAUCGGCUCCAUCCGACCCCAGCGGCAUGGGCUGUGGUCAGCACUUCUCGCUAUCUCGCUAUUGCUUUUCUUCUCGACGGGGAACAUCAUUCCAUGUUCGGCUCAAGUGCUCGACUCGGCCGCGAGCUCUCUCCACUUUGUGCAACACUUCGCUCGGGCCGGGACACAGGCGGUUUUGGAGGUCUUCCAAGUCUACCCGCCUGUGCUGACGGUAACCCCUGAAGGGGUGCUCGAGAUAACCGACGGAUCCUCCAACGCCAGCGUCGAGGUCAUUCCCAGCCGCAAGCCCACGUGUCAGGAGACUCUUGUUGUUCAUUCUUUCCGCUCGUACAAUGCACCUUAUGCUGUGCCCUAUAACCAACCAUCGUGCUCUUUCAACCGAGUGACCUGGAACUUGACGGUCACUGCCGCUGGAAGGCAGUAUGAUCGGCUGGGAUCCGUGUCAUUUGGCGACAUUGAGCUGUUUCGCACGUCAACGGCCGAGCCGACUCAGAAUGGCAUCGAAUGGACCUACUUGAAGGACAUGACAAACUUUCUGCCCCUUUUCAAGACCGACCAAACCCUCAUCUUCGACCUGAACAACAUCGUGGACGAAACAUACACCGCCCCUUUCAACGUCACUCUUUCAGCAUCAUUCUUCACCGCAGAGGACUCGAUCGCACCAGCCGACCUAAUUGUUCCUGUCUCGAAACGCCAAGGUGAUGCUGGACAGCCCAGCUACUUUACAGUGCCUCAAGAAACUGCGACAAACGAGUUGACAAUUCCUCGAAACGUCAAGAAAGCAGUUUUCACAGUCGCUGCAACUGGUCAGGCUCAAGAAGAGUUUUGGUGGAGCAACGUGUUGCAAUCCGAGAUUGACACUUUCCCUUCAUACGGCACCUUGUAUGGCUACUCGCCGUUUCGCGAGGUGCAGCUUUACAUUGACGGCAUGUUAGCUGGUGUUGCUUGGCCGUUUCCAAUCAUCUUCACAGGUGGUAUCGUUCCUGGACUUUGGAGGCCGAUCGUCGGAAUCGAUGCUUUCGACUUGAAAGAAGAUGAGAUCGACAUUACACCUUGGCUGCCACGGCUAUGCGAUGGGCAGGCACACAACUUCACUAUUCGAGUCUCUGGACUGAAUGACAAUGGGGGGAACGGCACGGCAACACUUUCCGAGACAACGACCGACGACUGGUGGGUUGCGGGCAAGGUCUUCAUUUGGCUCGACAAAGCUGGCCAUGUCACUACUGGCGAUGGACCUACCAGUGUCACCCCUGAUCCUACAUUUCAGGUCUCCUCUCAAGUCAUUCAAUCGUCGAAUGGAACCAACGAGACUCUGCUGUACCAAGUGCACGCCCAGAGAAGCAUCUCCUUCCGUUCGACCAUCCAGCUUUCUCAGGGGAAACAAACAGCGUCAUGGGCCCAGGACCUCACCUUCUCGAACGUAGCGAACUAUACAGACGAGGGAAACAUACAGACCAACACUCAGCAUACAGAUGGCUACGAUGUAUCCUCCAGUGGAUACGCCAGACAAUACAGCUACCCAUUAUACGCCUACAGUACAUCAGCAAUGGUGGCAGACAACGUGACCUACACAGCGGUCGUGAACAGAGGAAAGGACGUGCAAACACUAGGACAACCAGUCUUCCCAACAGGCCUGGAAUCCUUCUCAAACGUCGAGGCCGUCCACCCAGCAUACAGAUCCUUCCAAGGAGCAUCCCUUUCGACAACACAAAACGGCUCAGCAUACUACACCGCCAACCAAACCGCCAAGACCUCCUACACCUACGGCACAACCACACAAGACAUGACUUUCUCCGGCGUCAAAGCACAAGCAAACCCCUCUCGCUACGGCGGCUUCCCUCGAAUCACGCAGUCAGAAGAGCUGUUUCACCGUCACGCAAAGGCCGUCAAUGGCACCGUCGUCGAAGACGAGGAAACUCUCGUGGACACCGACGUGGAUCACUUCCACGGCGUGCCAGGGAGCGGUCGCGGUGCUCUCCUUUCGGGCUUCCCUGGCAGAGGAGGUCACGAGGGUGCGUUUGGGGGCCGUGGAAAGUUUGCCUAA